UACAGAGUAUUCUUCAUUCUUGGAACUUCCGAACCGCGUCCUCCCCAUCCAUGCUUUGGUAGACGCUGGUAGACGACGAAAACCGGGAAAACAUUCUGACGUCGGUGACGUUACACUCACACUGAAAGUUGAAACGUGCCAACCGUUCCUGUUAAUAGGUAGAUAUAUACGUUUCACCAUCCUUGACCGGCCGACCGCGUGUGUUACGCCGAAGUACGCUUAUGUGUUGUUUUUGAGUUUUAAUUUGUGUAAUGUAUCUUGAGUCGAGUGAGGUGUAAUUAUCAGACAAACAGAAAAAAUUAUUGAGCAUUAUUCUCGUCCAUUAAAAUUGAAAUUUUGUGUUGAAAGAUGAAUCAGUCUGAUUCAUAUCGAAGACGAAAAGUAUGGAAUUGCAUUGGAUGUGGUAGACGGAGUUAUUCCGGUUGUGGUGCCUUUUUUCUGUUUCCAAAAGACCCAGAAAAGAAGAGAAUUUGGCUAAAGAAAUUGAACAUUGAUCCAUCCAGUACGAUUCCUGUUGAAACUCGAUUGUGUAAAAUGCAUUUCAACCACACUGACUUCAUAGUUGGCUAUAAGAAAAUAAUGCUUAGAAAAAACGCGGUUCCUAGCGUUACAGUCAGGCCGGUGAAGACCCAUCGUCCGUUCCGGGAUUACCAAGUUUCUUGUUACGUGUGUGGAAUGAUGUACGCAGGAUAUCACUCUUUUCAUAGAAUUCCGGUUGACACAAACGUUAGACAAAAAUGGCUGAAAAAUGUCGGUAUAGAAAUUAGCGAUUUUAAUUCUAUACCUACUGGUUGCAUAUAUUUGUGCGAUUCUCAUUUCGCCAAAGAAGAAUUUAUUUAUCAUCCACAUGCAUUAAGGAGCAGAUUAAGAAAAGGCGCGAUGCCUCGGAUGACAUCUGCCAACUGUUUCAACAGUAAUGGUAGUGGAAGUCUUGAUUCAUCGAAACGAGAAGAUUUUGAUACACCGAAACGUGAUGCCGCUUUUGUGUCUUCAUGCUCAUUGAAUACGAAAUGUGCAGUAGCGUUGAACGAUGGCAUAAAAGACGAAAAGUCAAUGAAAUCGAAAAAAAAAAAAUCAUCUAAUAAAUUUAAAGUAGGCGCUGUUUCAAGUGCAGAAAUCACCUCACGCAAGAGACCAGUACCUGAUGAAUCUCGUAUCUCUUCUUCAAAAAAUGAAGAUGUUUGUAUCAUUGUGGACUUGACUUCUGAAGGUUCAAAUCCGCCUGAAUAUCUGCCAAAAAAAGGUCGUUCAAAAAAAAAGAAUAAAGUCCGAUUGGAGGAAGAUUUUGAAUAUCAAGAACUAAAAUCGAAAAUGUCAGGAGCGAACCGCCCUAAACAAUCGCUUAAGAAUUCCGAAGCAGACACCGCCCUGAGUAAUGGUAAUGCCUCAGGCAAGAAGGACCUUGAUCAAUCGCGUAUUUCUUCUUCAAAAAAUGAAGAUGUUUGGUUCAUUGUGGACUUAACUUCUGAAGGUUCAAAUCCACCUGAAUAUCCGUCAGAAAAACGUCGUUCAAAAAAAAAGAAUAAAGUCCGAUUGGAGGAAGAUUUUGAACAUCAAGAACCAAAAUCGAAAAUCUCAGCAGUAAACCCUUCUGAAAGAUCAUCUCAAUGUUCCAAUUCCAAAGCAGUCGCUUCAAGUUUAUCUGCAGAGAAUAUUUCUGGCAACAAGAGACGACUUAAUGUUUCGAUAACUAUAGACUUGACAACUGAAGGUGAAACCGAAGAUACGAAUCCUCCCGAUCCUGAAUCUGAGGUGAAAAAAAAGAGAAAACUAAUUCGUCGAUUAAAAAAACAAAUUAAUCAAUUGGAGGAAGAAAUAACCGAGUACAAAAUUGAAACGCUGCUCAACGACUUACUAGAAAAAAAAUUGGUAAUAAUGAAAGAAGAGAAAAAUAUGAUCAAAACGAAACGUGAAAGAAACAUAAAGUGACUGCGAUAUUGAUUGAUGCAUUUAUCAUUUCGUUCAAAGUUGGAGCUGACUUUAUCUUUACAUAUUUUAUUUUUUAUUCGUGAUGUUCUUUUGUUUUACUAUAUUUUAUAUUUUUAGAUUAAUUGCUGUUUGCCAGCAAUGCGUUUAUGUAGAAUGAUAGGUACCUACUGUAUAAAUUACUGGAAUGUCGACCGCUGUGAUGUGCUACCUAUACGAAAUCACAAUAAUUAUUGUAUAAGAAUACUGUGUUGAUAUGUAUUUUUUGUAGUGCAAGAUCUUAUGCAGAGACGAUGCCAACUGUGUGAAAUAUUAAUCAUGGUCUAGAGAAAUAGAAUUGAAAACAGUACGCCUGUAAUGAUACCUGCAGUUGUGUGAUUUUAAUUUUAAAAAAGAAAAGCAUUUUGAUUAAAUAAGGAUAGAUACUACCUAUUGCAUAUAUCAUAUAUAAUACUUCAAUUUAAUUUCGUUCCAA